AUGCCUUCGCGCACUCGCCAAGGCCCUACCCAGGAGCCUGAGGAUGAGACUGGACUUCGCUGCCUGUCCUUCAACCAGCCGUUGUCAUGGCGCGUGGGGCGGUCUGCUAUCCCCAUUGCCGAUCUCCUCACACGACUCCAGGUUCUCGCCCAAGAAUUGCGCAAGAUUGAACAAGAGGAAGUGGAUAAGGAAUCUCUGCAAAAGGUCUCGCAGGAGCUUGCCAGUGCGCAAUUACUGGCCCACAAGGACAAAGGUGUCCGGGCCUGGGCCGCAUGCUGUUUGGUCGAUGUCUUGCGACUGUGUGCACCGGACGCGCCAUUUACACGGAAUAAGCUCAAGGACAUCUUUGCAUGUAUCGUGACUUCGAUUAUCCCCGCACUGGCCGAUCCUUCCAACGCCUACAAUGCCCAACAUAUCUAUGUCUUGGGAUCGCUCGCUGAGGUUAAGAGUAUUGUUUUAAUGACAGAUCUGGAUCAUCCGGACUCGCUGAUAGUUCCGCUAUUCUCGACUUGCUUUGAUAUUGUCUCCGGGUCCUCUAAGGCUUCAACGGGCGAAGAGGUGGCUAAAAAUGUAGAAUUUGACAUGACUCGGCUACUGGUCACAGUAAUUGACGAAACACCCGUCUUGGCACCAGAGGUUGUUGACACCAUCGUGGCCCAAUUCUUGCGUGUCGACGCUAGAGUGCUCGAUAGCAAGGGGAAGCGCGUGGAGGCACUAGUCGAUGCGAAACAGGAAACCCUUCUUUUGAAGGACUACCCGCCGGCCUACAAUAUGGCCAAGUCUAUUUGCCUGGCCUGUCCAGAGCGAAUGACCAGUCACAUCAGCCAGUAUUUCAACAACGUCAUCAUCGAUGCCUCCGCCCCAACUAAUGCGAACGGUUCCAAACACGGCUCCCGCAAAUCCAAUCUGGACGAUUCUGACGCAGAGGGAGAGGAUAUUAAGGAAUUGAGCAAAGCCCAUCGACUCAUUCGCGAGCUUUGGCGUGCUUGUCCAGAUGUUCUACAAAAUGUCAUUCCACAGGUUGAGGCCGAAUUGUCUGCGGAAUCGGUUGCCCUACGUCUGUUGGCUACUCAGACGAUUGGUGAUAUUUCAGCUGGUAUUGGUAUUGCUGGCCCUCCUCCACCACCACCCAUGGACCCCGCGACGUAUCCGCCUAUGACUUUAAAAGAAUAUGAGCAAAAAUUGAUACAACCCAAUGCCCUUCGCGCGCCGAUAUCUCCAAAGCCCUUUUCUCAGGUGCAUUCCUCCGCAUACGAUGCCUUCUUGAGCCGAAGACUCGACAAAACUCCUUCGGUUCGUGCUGCCUGGGCUACUGUCGUUGGUCGAAUCAUUUUUACUUCUGCAGGAGGCUGUGGGUUGAGCGCGGAUGAUGAGAAGUGGCUUGUGCAAAGCCUUGCCAUACUCCUUCAAGAUGCAGAUGAGAAAGUCCGUGUCGCCGCAGUGGAUACCGUGGGACAGUUUGGGUUCUCCCAUAUUGUUCACAAACUGAGUAGGAACGGCCCCUGUUCGUCACCAGACUCAAUUUUCGCUAUUCUCGCAGAGCGGGUUAAGGACCGCAAACCGCAGGUGCGUGAGCGCGCCAUCAAGGUCCUUGCACGUAUGUGGGCGGUGGCGGCUGGAGACAUUGAGCACAAUACUGAGCCUGUCGUGUCUCUUCUGAAGGAUAUCCCGUCGAAAAUUUUCGAUGCUUUCUAUACUAAUGACCAGGAAAUUCAUGUCCUGAUUGACCGCGUGCUUUAUGAGACGCUUUUACCCCUCGCCUAUCCCCCUAUCAAGUCCAAACUCAGUCGGACAGGAUCAAAUCAGCUUCAAAAGCAGAAGGAUAGCCAAGUAUCCGAGACUGAAGAGACUGACGUUGAUAAGAUUCGCGUGUGCCGAAUUCUGACCUUGCUUCGUGGCUUGGAUGAAAAGGCCCGGCGAGUAUUCUUUGUAAUGCUGGCUCGUCAGCUGUCCAUGGCCAAAGCUGUGUCGCUCUAUCUCCAGGCAUGCGAGCAGUACAAUGUUAGUAAUCCCACAGCUUUUGACAAUCCGAGCCUUGUACAAGAAGCUAACUACUUACAGGGCGGGGUGGCUAAGCAGAAUAAAGAGCAGCUUUCGAAGCUCGUUGACUCAUUGUCGAGAACUUUCCCAGACCCCACACGCGCGGUAGCGGACUUGAUGAAGUUCGCCCAGGCCCAUGACCGACGCAGCUAUCAACUGAUUCGCUUCGCUAUCUCCGCCUCCAGUGAUUAUCGUACCGUGACCAAUGCCAUCAAAGAGUUCCAUCGACGUAUACAUAAUGACAGCACAGGCGCAUUGCUUACAACGUUGACUCCUCUUUUGUACCGCUGCAGCUCUCUGAUUUUCAACCGCAGCCAUAUCCCAGCAAUCAUGGGUUUAUCUCGGAGUGAUGAGAACGGGCUGUCUAACGCUGCUCAGGAGAUGCUGAAAGAAAUCUCAUCCAAGAGCCCUGAAAUUCUGGAAGCCCAGGUGCAGGAGAUGUGUAAAGAGCUUGAAGCACAAGCUCCUAGCGCUACAUCCGGCGGCGAUGCUGGCAACGAAGAGCUCUUGAAGGCUUGCGCUGGGUUUUCCAAGAAGCUUCCCGGAAAACUUCCUACGGAGCGUAGUUUCUACCAAACUCUUAUGAACUACGCACUCUACAGCACUUCGCCUCUCUCGGCAAAGCAUGCCGUCUCAAUCUUGAUGGUGACGACUGAUCGCAAAGAAAUGUACGCCAAGGACCUGGUCAAAAAAUGCGUCAAGAAGUGGACAUACGGCUCGGAUCACUUCCUCACUCGUCUUGCCGCUCUCUCGCAAUUGUGCCUUCUCGCACCGCGGGAGACAGAAGAAGAGAGCGAUUCCAUUGUUUCGAUUGCGAUCAAGGAAGUUCUCCUUACCAACCGCUCACCGGAGCAGGACUCAGCGUACAUUUGGUCAGAUACGAUUGACGAAGAGACACAGGCCAAAGAAUGGGCGUUGAAGAUUAUGGUUAAUCGUCUUCGCGCCAAGGACGGUGAUGGCGGUGAUGAGGAAUUGCGCGAGCAUGCUGAGCAUGCUGAGUCAGUAUACAAUACCCUUAAUAAGUUGGUGGCCAAUGAAGGCGAAAUAUCCAAGGAAAAAGAUACUCCAGCUGCUCAGAAAUCACGACUGCGUCUGCUGGCUGCUAUGUCUCUGACCAAACUAUGCGCUUCCAGCUCAUUGUGCGAGCAACUACUGAGUCCAGCGGACUUUAACUCAAUCGCUUUGGUUGCUCAAGAUCCACUCUUGCCCGUGCGAAGCGGCUUCAUUAACCAUCUUAAGAAGAAAUUGGUACAAACAUCAUCUCUGGGAUCCCGUUGGUACACCGUGCCGUGUCUUCUUGCUUUCGAGCCCAAUGCCAAACUGAAAGCCAACACUCUCACAUGGCUGCGAUCCCGAGCUGCUUUCCACUCUCGGCAAGCCCAGGCCUCAAAGCGGCUAGAAGAGAAUACAACUCUGGAGCUGGUCUUCUCCCGUUUGUUGUCUCUGCUUGCCUACCAUCCUGACUACCCAUCGGAUGAUCUGGAAGAGUCGACAAGACUGGGCUGGCUCAGCGACUUCUCACAAUACAUACUCUACUAUCUCUCAGCAGUGGCUAAUGAGCAUAAUCUUUCGCUGAUUUUCCACGUUGGGCAGCGCGUCAAGCAAUUCCGUGAUGGCAUCACACAAUCCGAUUUGAUCUCAACUCGCCUCCACACUUUAUCUGACCUGGCACAGGCGACUAUUCGGCGCUUCGCUGAUAUCUACGCUCAACAGCACAAAUUAGGUGGUCCUGGGGGAGGGACAAGCAUCCUGCAGACCUACCCGGGAAAAAUCGGUGUACCGAAGCAGAUUUUCGCAUCGAUGCCAAAUCACCGAGAGGCUCAAGAGACCGCGGAGAAGAACUUCCUUCCUGACGAGCUGGACGAUAUGCUGGACCGUGUUGUUCGAAGUGCCAUGAAGCCUCAAACCCACCACAGUACGGCCAAGAAAAGAAAGACCGAGUCACUUGGUGGUGCCAAUGGCAAAACGCCUGUUAAGAAGGCACGUACGGAAAAGCCUGCACGCAUCCCCCGAAAGUCCGUGUCAUCUAUGGGUACACCUGCCAAAGCUACUCCUCGUCGCAAGCGCAAGGACCAUGAUGGCUGGACUUCAGAUGGUGAUGGUAACGACGAUGCCACCGACAAGACGACUGCGUCUGCUCGACGACGCAGCAGUCGAGGCACUGUUCAAAACAAAGUCAGCUAUGCUGAUAGGGACAGUGAUGAGGACGAUAUAGAAAUGGAGGAUGAAAAUGACGAUGCUGAGACUGAAGAGGAGGAAGCUAACGAUGAAGAUGAGGUUGAAGACGAAGAUAAGGAGAUACCAGAAGAAGAUAACGAAGAAGAACAGGCCGAAGAUGAUGUGCAAACCAGCGGAAAAGAAAACUCAUCCCCUGCUCCCAAGCGAACUGGCAGAUCAUCAAAGAUGGCCAAGGCAGAGCAAGUGCCCAUCUCCCUGCCUUCUCGACGAUCCUCUCGACGUGGAUAA